CAACAACACGUCAAUCCUUGAAAAUGACAAUCUACAGUGUAUACAUUAUCAACAAAGCUGGAGGCUUGAUUUAUCAUUAUGAUAACAACAGUUCCAGACCCGAAGUGGAAAAGGUCUUUGGGUACCCAUUGGAGUUAGUCCUCAAAAUAUUUGACGAUAAAAUCGUUGUUGCCUUUGGUGAAAGAGAUGGUGUGAAAGUGGGCCAUGCUGUUUUAGCUAUUAAUGGAGUGCCAGCAGAAGGAAGGAUGUUGAAAGACGGCAGAGAUAUCCUUGAAAUGCUGGCAAUGGAAGAAAACUAUCCAAUCAACAUCAAGUUUGGCCGCACCAAACUGACCACAAAUGAAAGAAUCAUGCUAGCCAGUAUGUUUCACUCAUUAUUUGCCAUUGGCUCACAACUGUCACCAGAACCGCGAUCUUCAGGUAUAGAACUGCUGGAAACAGACACCUUCAAUCUUCACUGUUUUCAGACUCUCACAGGAAUUAAGUUUAUUGUGGUGGCAGAUCCCAGACAAACAGCUGUGGAUGCCCUGCUGAAGAAGAUCUAUGAAGUCUACUCAGACUUUGCUCUCAAAAAUCCAUUUUACUCCAUGGAUAUGCCCAUAAGAUGCGACCUGUUUGAGACCAAUUUACAGGCUGCUCUUGAACAGAUAGAAAGAGUCGGUAUAAGUAAUAUCUGAUUUGAUUGGUGGAGGAUGACGGUGAAACAUCAGGCACAAGUAGCAUCUGAGAUUUGAUUGGCCGAAGGAUGAGUGAAAGAUUGGACAUCCAGUCAGUGAAUUGUGAUAUUUGAUUGGUUGAGAAUGGUGAAAGGCUGCGCCAUAUUGAUAUGUGAGAUUUGAUUGGCCCAAGGAAAUCUUAGAAUGAUUAUUUAAGACUUGAAUGAAUGGAUGAGGAGGUUCGCGAAUUUAAAUUUUUUGUGCAAUAUUAUACUAUAUUUUGUUAAGAGUGGUGAGUAUUAUGGUACAUGUUACAGUGAUGAAUGUCCAUCUGGAAUUCGAUGGGUCAUGAACAGUGUAUGAAUGACAGAAGAUUUUGUAUGUUGUUGGGUGGGCACAGGGUUCAGUAUCAUACUUAUGUUAAUUCUCAACACUGACUGGCUUCUUUCAGUUACAACUGUUACAUCUAUGACAGCCAGAGUCAGUCCUGAGAGGGUUGAAGGCUGUAAAACAUCUGGCUAGGGUGCUGUCAGCAGUGAACAAGUGAUUGUGGCUUAACAGCACUUCUGCAGUACUGCAGCCAUGUUAUGGUGAGAGCUGUCAUUCAUACGCGGUACCCAAAAUACAUACACGUGUGAAGUUAAAUGAGUACUGUAUAUGUGUGGAGUGUCAUGUGCUAAUACCAAUUCAUGGAUCAGAUGCUAUUAAAGGUGGUGAACAUGAUACUUCAUAAACUUUUGUCUUCAUCAUAUGGAACGCAUUAGUCUUAACACGUUUGUCAUUUUGCCCAUUUGCCUAGCAUUUGGUGUUGAAUACACAGCGACAAAUUACAUCUUGCAUAUACAUGUAAUCCCCUGCCUAUUGUUCAUUUGUAUAUUGUAUGCCUUCAAAGUGAAAAUAAUUAUUAUUAAGGAGGAUGUAUAUAGUUUCUUCUUUUGUAAAUAGAUACAAUACAAUACCCCUCUUGGACUACUUGUUAGUGCCUUUUAUAUUUCAUAUCCUGUGCUGUUUAUUAGUUGGUCUACAUAAGGUUGUCCCGUGACCUUGUGAAUAUUCAAGGGCAUCAUUUUGUCUCUUUUCAAAUUAGAGAGGGGGCCUGCGUGGGUAAGGUGGUUAGCAUGCCAGCAGGGCGCGAUGACUUAGGAGCCAAUGCUGUGUGAUUGCUGUGAGUUCAAGUUCAGCUAAUAUCAGCGUCCUCUCUGGUCGUACGUGGGAAGGCCUUCCAGCAAACUGUGAUUGGUCGCAGGUUUCCUUUGGGCUCUGCCAGGUUCCCUUUAACCAUAACGCUGUCUUCUAAGUGAAACAUUCUUGAGUACGGCGUACCAUAAAACACAAAUCAAAUAAAUACAUAAAUAACAAAUCAUAGAGAGCGGGUGGGGGAUGUUUUAGUUCCACUGAAAUAAUGGAUUUGAAUGGGACAGUAGUUCAGCUGCCUCAGCCCCACAUCCACACCCUCCCCAUAAUAAUGUUCAGUUGAUAUGCACUUGAAAGAAAGCUAUCAUUGAUGUUGAAAUUCAUAAGGUUUCUCAUAUAUAAUUUCAUUGCAUAGGGAAGUCCUGUACCCUUGCCUAAUUAUUAGUACAAACACUGUAAAUCUUCAACUUUUUCAAUCUCUAAAACACUUUUUUCAGUGGAAUUUAUGCAUACAAUUAUUCUGAAAAUGAGGCUAAAAACCAUUUGUUUGUGUCACUAAAGAUGCAAGCUUCAUACAACUGUGCAGAUUAUUUCUCUACAUCCUCUAGUUCUCUCAGAAUGUUUCAAAAUAUUGGUAGCAGAGAUAUGGGGUUGAAAAAGGUUGAAGAAUGAGAGUACAUGGGCGCUGUCGUGUAGUUGGACCCUGCGCUCUUCAUAUCAUGGGACAUGACCUUAUUCACCGAUCAUUCUGCCAUACAGCUUACAGCGCAUGUGCCGCUUUCUGUAAUCACUUUACUUCAUUGCUACCACUACCAAAUUUUAUACAGAAAUCUUGAACAAUGUUGAGAUUAACAGGGUCAGGUUGUGACACAGGAAGCGGUAUUAGAUAACAUAAAAACUGUCUCCACUUUUGCUUCUUACAAAACUUGAUAAACAGACAUUUUCUUCCUGUAAAAUCCUCACACGUUAUUCCAACAGCGACCUGUUACCAUUUUCCUUGUGUCCCAAAGCUCAAACUGGUUUAGUGGUAGCAGUGAUAUAAAAUGAGCCACAUUUUAGCUAAUGCAGGACGUUGUGUAAGUUUUGUGUUUGUUGCCUUCUCGUUAGCUGACGGGCCACAGAUACACACGUGUAGCCAAACAAUAUGGCAACCCCCAACAAACAUCUUGCUUUUGCUCCUUUUCAUAUCUUUGGAGUCGUGUAGUUUUGCAACUUCUUGUUACAGUACAUAUGACAUUCUGAGUUCUUCUUUUAAUGACAUGUAUGUCUGUGAUAAGAACUUAAAAUCCAGGUUCAUGGUAGAAUUUACCUCUUUCCACAGUGCUCAUGGACCAUUUUUUGAUAAGCCAGGUAAAAGGGAGAUCAAAUGAAUGUCCUGAUUUUGACUGGCAAAGGUGGAUUAUGAAUGAUGUCUAAUUAUGCGAGUGAUAUGGAUAUGUAUGUAUGAUAAAUAUGACUGUCAUUAUUCAACCUUUGUUACCACAUACAUAAUGUCUUCGUAAAAAUAUGUCCAUUGAGUUACAAAUGUCUCCAGUAAGUAAAAUUAAAAGUCAAACAUAUAGUUUGGUUUGAUGAGUUUUUUUUAAUUACUCCUCCAUAUUUACAACAGAACAAUAUUGACCAAUACAAGAACACCCAGAGACUACUUAACAACGCAGUCACAAUUUGCACCAGGCGCCAUCGACGUUAAGCAUGCUUGGUGUAGCGUUCUAUAAACUGCAUUGAUACAAUAAGCCUCUGGACAACACAAUUAAAACUUGGCACGUCACAAUUAAACAAAGCAACCUGGUCUACAGGUCAAACUACAGGACCAUUUAUUACAUGCAUAUAUAUA